AUCGUUUUAAGUAACAUGUCACACAGAAAAUUCAGUGCGCCACGUCAUGGAUCUAUGGGAUUUUAUCCCAAAAAAAGAUCUCAACGGCAUCGUGGUAAAGUAAAAGCGUUUCCUAAAGAUGAUCCAAGCAAACCUGUACAUUUAACGGCUUUUAUCGGUUAUAAAGCCGGUAUGACUCACGUAGUCAGGGAAGCUGAUCGUCCAGGAUCAAAGGUGAAUAAGAAAGAAAUUGUAGAAGCAGUUACUAUAUUAGAAACACCACCUAUGAUUGUAGUUGGUGUAGUUGGUUAUAUUGAAACUCCGCAUGGUUUACGUGCUCUUACCACAGUAUGGGCAGAACACUUAUCUGAAGAUUGUCGAAGAAGAUUUUAUAAAAACUGGUACAAGAGUAAAAAGAAGGCAUUUACAAAAGCUUCCAAAAAAUGGCAAGAUGAUCUUGGUCGUAAAUCUAUAGAAAACGAUUUUAAAAAGAUCGUUAAGUAUUGUAAGGUCGUACGAAUUAUCGCUCAUACGCAGAUGAAACUAUUAAGGCAACGUCAAAAGAAAGCCCAUAUAAUGGAAAUUCAAUUAAAUGGUGGAACUAUUGAGCAGAAAGUUCAAUGGGCUCGUGAACAUUUAGAAAAACCAGUACCUGUCAGUAAUGUUUUUGCUCCAGAUGAAAUGAUAGAUGUAAUUGGUGUUACAAAAGGAAAAGGAUAUAAAGGUGUUACGUCGCGUUGGCAUACAAAAAAAUUGCCACGCAAAACACAUAAAGGUCUAAGAAAAGUCGCUUGUAUUGGAGCAUGGCAUCCUAGCCGUGUGUCUUUUACUGUUGCACGUGCUGGUCAAAAGGGAUAUCAUCAUCGUACAGAGAUGAAUAAAAAAAUUUAUAGAAUUGGACAAGGAAUUCAUACUAAAGAUGGCAAGAUCGUAAAAAACAAUGCUUCCACAGAAUACGAUCUUACCGAGAAAACUAUAACUCCUAUGGGAGGUUUUCCUCAUUAUGGUGAAGUGAAUAAUGACUUCAUUAUGAUCAAAGGUUGCUGUAUGGGUCCGAAAAAACGUGUAAUUACAUUACGUAAGUCCUUAUUGGUUCACACCAAACGAUCAGCAUUGGAGAAAAUCAAUCUUAAAUUUAUCGAUACAAGUUCCAAAUUUGGACAUGGUCGUUUUCAAACUGCUGCUGAUAAGACUUCAUUUAUGGGUCAACUUAAAAAAGAUCGUAUGCGUGAGGAACAACAGGCACAAGCCACUAGCUCUGCACCAUCGGCCGCAAAUGCUUAAUAAUAUAUAUAUAUUAAAAUAUGUAUAAAAUAAAUAAUAAAAAAUUCUAUGUAAAACUUA